GGAACCUAAGGAUCCUUGCCAACCACAAGCUAGCAAUUACUGAGCACUUCAAGGUCGACCUGAUUCCGUCGAUAGGUUCUCUUCCAACGACUCAACCACGUCAAUUCGCUUCAUAAUGUCGGCAAAGUACGGUUUCACAAAGUCUCUCCGCGAGGUGCGAUUCCUCUUCUGCCAGACUUCGGAGCAGAGCGCGGCUCUUCGAUCAUUCAUCACCCGAUCGUACCCUACCAUGAAGCGCAACAACCCCAACAUUCCCAUCCUGAUCCGAGAGGCCGCUGGCACCCAGCCCAAGGUCUUUGCCCGAUAUGGUUCGUAUUCCAUAUCACUGGAGCUCCUCGGACAUACUAGAGCGAUAUCAUCGAAAUCACGGCAGUACUGACAUGAUUAAAACAGACCGAGGCGUUGAGAAGUCACAGAUCCUCGAGGGUCUAUCCGACAAGGAGAUUGAGGAGACCGUCACUGGCUUGGUCAAGGCUGAUCAAUAGAAACAUGAUCAUCGCUUGGUUAAUAUCUGCGAAAAGAAAGAGAAGUCAAAGGGAGAGACCUCGAGCUCGGGCAUUACGACGAUGAAAUGUACAUAGGGUCAAAUCAGCAUGCGACAAGAGAGCAUUGUACUACUACGAAGCCCAUCCAUCGUCUUGAAUAUCGACCUCCUCGUAGCUGCUUCAUGGCCUCGUCGCUCGCUAUUGGGGUCAUAUUGUUCCCCAAUAUCAUACCGAGAUACAUAUAAGCUUCCGGGCUUCGAAUAUUAAUGUAGCAGCACCUCACCAUUAUCAAAAAACAUAACAAACCAUAGCUCUGUACUCACGGUACUAUAUUACACCUUGCUGAAAUCGCAC